ACAGAACGCAACAUGAUUAUCCAAACCACGAACCCCUCCCUACGUAUCUGUCCGUACAGGAAAGCAAUAUUUUCGAGCCGAUGAACCUUGAAUUCUUCAGCAGGAUUAUCGAUCUUACCGAUAUGGCGGACGCGUUCGGAACCCGAUCACGGAACCACCCUUAUGAUCGACACGACCUCGACCUCGACCUCGACUCCGAGCAGCGAUGUCUAAUUGCGAUUGAGCAGAGAAUCUCUAUGGAAGUUACUCGGUCGAAAAUAUAUGACGAAGGGAUGGAAUAAUAGGACAAGGGGAAGGCGGGGUUGUGCGAAUGGCAAUCUGCCGAGGAAGCUAGGACGCGUUUUGCAACGCGCUGGAACAAGGGCAUGUGCAUAUCUUGCGAGAUAAUCUGGUAAGAUGCAAGUACUAUACAGCUUCUCUGGUUUAAGAUGUCGUGGAAAGAGCUGCAGAGCUAGGGUAAAGUAUUGGGCACAGGGGAAUAGGCCUAGCCUGCUUGGGCAUUCGAGACGCUUCUACUUUUUACUCAGAGACUGCAAGUGCAGGUCGGAAGCGAGAACAUCGUUCGCCAGAGACACAUCUCGGCCGAUAAAACCUAUACCUUUUAACACUCAUGGCGUUAUGUUCGUUCAAUUGGAAUCCCACAAUGCAAGGCUUACUCUGACAGUCUGCGCAUGAACAGAGGCAGUUGCGCAGGGUGUGGUUGUGCUAGCUGGACCGGAAAAUCCGAAAAGUACCCGUUCCUUCUUCUGCGAAAUGUGUAAACUCGCUUGUUUCUUGUUAUACUUUCUCCAUCACGGUUUUUAGCUAUUCAAAAGUCGUCGAAUUCGAAGAAAUCAUUGGGUAAGUACCAUGAGAUGGAGUUGUCAUGAAAACAGUGUUAUUACCGGCUUGAAUAGACACGAGACUUCUCACAAGCGCUAUCCUUGUUUUCAUACGCUCCAUAGUAUCCUCAUCGAUAGCUGAUAGUCUUUCAGACUUUGACAUGCUUCCUACAAGUCUUUCUUUCCCUCUCUCCAAGAACGCUCAUGUCGAACUCAACACACGUGAUCGGGCACACCCGGCGGACGAACAUCAUGCCGUGCAGCACACCACCGACGUCAACUCGGGACGACCUCGCAUACACGGCGUGAUAUUCAAACGCGGUGCGGAUUGAAGCGAGUUCUCUCUCUUGAUUGUAUAUAUACUUGAUCGGACAUGGCAUACAGUUACGCCAUAAUAAAACGUUAACAAAUAAACAAAAAGCCUGCUCCAAUUCCCUUCUCUCCAAUCCACAAAGCACCAAAAACCACAUUCUCGUCAAACAACCGAAUCAUCUCGCCACACUCCAACUCUUCAACCGCAUACGCAAACAGCCGCAUCUCAGUGCUUUUGAAUUUCGAUAAAAAUGAAGAUCAUCCUCACCGGCAGCAGCGGAUUCAUCGGAUCCGAGGUCCUAACACAAGCCAUCUCCAACCCAGAAAUAACAUCCAUCAUCGCCCUCUCGCGGAAACCACUCCCAGAAAACCUCACCUCAAAUCCAAAAGUCAGCGUGGUUAUCAUUGAUGAUUUCACUUCCUACACACCAGAUGUGUUGAAGAAGCUGGAAGGUGCUGAGGGGUGUAUAUGGGCCAUAGGAGCAAAAUCAACAAAUAUUGAAGUCACGAGAAAAGUCACUGUGGAAUAUACACUCGCUGCUGUGAAAGCGUUUUCCGCCCUCCCUCGUCCGGUAGGUAGACCCUUCCGGUUUGUGUUUCUGAGUGGGUUCGUGGUGGUUAGGGAUCAGAAUGCUUCGGUGUGGUUCUUUCCUGAGGCGAGGAAAGUAGCUGUAUGUUCCCCGCCCUUCUUUUCUCUCCUCUUGACCUAUCUAUGCGCUCUGGUCAUCCUUCAUAUUUUCAUCAUAUGUCCUUCUCCAAAACUCGAAAGAGUCCCCUCCCUCACAACUGAACUAGACCUCACCUCACUAACAUCCUCCCCCCCUUCCCACCCCCAGGGCCAAGCAGAACUCAACCUCCUCUCCUUCGCAGAAAAUAACCACAACAACAACGCGGCGGGAUUCGAAUCAUACAUCGCACGACCAACUUUCGUGUUGUCGAAAGAGGUAGGUGGGUUUAAGGGGUUGGUGAUGAUGGGUCUUGGUCUGCUGCCGUCGGUGAGGGUUGAUGUUUUGGCGCGGGGGUUGAUCGAUGUUGCGGUUAGGGGUGGGGAGAUUAGGGUUUUGGAGAAUGGGGUGUUGGUGGAGAGGGGGAGAGGGGAGAGGGGAGAGAGGGGAGAGGAGAGGUAGAAUAAUGGGGAGGGGGAUGGAGGGGCAUUUCGAUUUUGGGACUGGGUUUGGAUUGAGGUUUAGCGUUCAAUCUUGGUGGUAGCAGCAUCCAGCGUACAUUGGCAGGCGUAUUUGGAGUUAUAUCUGGCGGCAUUUGAGCAUAUAUAUCUAUUCAUAUAUACCAACGGGUAUAUAGAAAGAUACAGAUACGACGACGAUAUUAGAAGUGUGGAACCCGUAUCGCAGGCAUGCCGCAACCUUGUAUGUGCUCUGUAGAUAAUUCAAUGUCCGAUUGGACUUUGCUACAUUACUAGGAAUCCAAA